GGGCACCCUUGGCACCCGGGCACCCUUGGCACUCCUGCAGCCUUGCACCGCUGCAGCCGGGCACCCUUGGCACCCGGGCACCCUUGGCACCCGGGCUCCCUUGGCACCCCUGCAGCCUUGCACCGCUGCAGCCGGGCACCCUUGGCACCCGGGCACCCUUGGCACUCCUGCAGCCUUGCACCGCUACAUCCUUGCACCCCUGCAGCCGGGCACCCUUGGCACCCAGGCACCCUUCGCACCCUGCAUCCUUGCACGCCUGCAGCCGGGCUCCCUUCACACCCCUGCAGCCUUGGACCCCUGCAGCCGGGCACCCUUGGGCCGCCGCUGUGCCCCCCCCACCCCACGGGACCCCCCGCGGGCGCCGGGGCAGCAGGGCGCGGCGCGGGCGGCAGCUGCUUUCCGGUGAGCCGUGCAGGGUUGCGCAGCUGCCAGGUUCUGGUCCCUGCCGCGCUAAUCCCCCCCCGCCCGGAUUACGCAGGGAGCGGCAGCCCCAGCACCACCGUUAACCCCGGCGCGGCAGUGCCGUGCCGUGCCGUGCCAUGCCGUGCCAUGCUGCACUGUGCUGUGCUACGCUGCACCACAGUGCAUUGCACUGUGCCGUGCUGUGCCGUGCCAGGCUGCACUGUGCCGUGUGCCAUGCUUUGCUGUGCCACGGUGCAUUGCACCGUGCCGUGCCAGGCUGCACCAGGCCAGGCUGCACCGUGCCGUGCACCAUGCUUUGCCGUGCCAUAGUGCAUUGCACUGUGCUGAGCCGUGCUGGGCUGCACCGUGCCAUGCCACACCAUGCAGUGCACCCAACUUUGCUGUGCCACGGUGCACUGCACUAUGCCAGGCCACACCAUGCCAGGUUGCACCGUGCCGUGCACCGCACUGUGCCGUGCUCUGCCGUGUCACAGUGCACUGAGCCGUGCCAGGCCGCACCGUGCCAGGCUGCACCGUGCCAUGUGCCGUGUGCCGUGUGCCGAGCUCUGCUGUGUCACAGUGCACUGCACCGUGCCAGGCCGCUCCGUGCCGUGUGCCGAGCUCUGCUGUGUCAUGGUGCACUGAGCCGUGCCAGGCCGCACCGUGCCGUGUGCCAUGCUUUGCUGUGCCACGCUGCACUGAGCCGUGCCGUGCCACGCCGUGCCGUGCCGUGCCAUGCCGCACCGGUUCCCCGGCCCAGGGCGCCGCGGGGGCGGGGGCCGGGGGCUCCGGGGAAGAGCCGGGCUCCCCGGAGCGGCUCCUUUCCAGAAAGCUCCGGGGUGGCGCGAGGCCGCAGGGUGACUUUGCACCUUGCUGUUUACCCGGCACUUAUGCAACCGGGGGGCCGGGCCGGCACCGGCGCCGGUACUUAGGGCAGGGAGGGCGGCGGCACCGGCACCAGCACCGGCGCGAUGGAGCUCGGCGGUGCCGUCACCCUCGUCCUGGCCUUCUGCCUCUCCUACCUGCUCUUCCUCAGCCUCUGGGGGAGGAAGGGCGCCCGGGGCCGGCUGCCGCCGGGGCCGCCGCCGCUGCCGCUCCUGGGCAACCUGCUGCAGCUCUCCACCUCCGAGACCGUCCGGUCCCUGGAGAAGCUGUGCACCAAGUACGGCCCCGUGUUCACCGUGUACUUCGGCCCCAAGCCCGUGGUGGUGCUGUGCGGCCACGCGGCCGUGCGCGAGGCGCUCGUGGAGCAGGCCGAGGCCUUCGGCGGCCGAGCCCAGAUGAUGAUGCUGGACCGCACCUUCCGGGCGCACGGGGUGGUCUUCGCCAACGGCGAGCGCUGGCGGCAGCUGCGGCGCUUCUCCCUCACCGUCCUGCGGGACUUCGGCAUGGGCAAGCGCAGCAUCGAGGAGCGCAUCCAGGAGGAGGCACAGUUCCUGCUGCAGGAGCUGCACGCCACGAAAGCGCAGCCCUUCGACCCCACGUACUUCCUGAGCCGCGCCGUCUCCAACGUCAUCUGCUCCAUCGUCUUCGGGAACCGCUUCGACUACACGGACGAGGAGUUACUGUCCCUGCUGCAGAUCAUGAACGAAGUCUUCCGGGAGAUAAGCACGCCCUGGGCGCAGUUCUACGACAUGAACGGGACCUUCCUCAAGUACCUGCCCGGCCCCCACACGAAGAUCUACUACAUGCUGCAGAAGAUGCGGCGCUUCGUGGCCAGGCGGGUGCAGAAGAACCGGGAGACGCUCGACGCCAGCCUGCCCCGCGACUUCAUCGACUCCUUCCUCGUGCAGAUGGAGAAGGAGAAGGACAACCCGGCCUCGGAGUUCACCCUCGAGAACCUGGAGCUCACCACGCUCAACCUGUUCUUCGCCGGCACGGAGACCGUGAGCUCCACGCUGCGCUUCGGCUUCCUGCUGCUCAUGAAGCACCCGGCGGUGCAGGAGAAGCUGCACGCGGAGAUCGACCAGGUGAUCGGGCGCGAGCGCCCGCCCGCCAUCAAGGACCGCGGCCGCAUGCCCUACACGGACGCCGUCAUCCACGAGGUGCAGCGCUUCAGCGACCUGCUGCCCAUGAACGUGCCGCACACGGUCACCCGCGACACGCUCUUCCGCGGCUACGUCAUCCCCAAGGACACCGAGGUCUUCCCCUUGCUCAGCACCGUCCUGCAUGACCCCACCAUGUACAAGGACCCGCAGAGCUUCAACCCCGAGAACUUCCUGGACGUGAGCGGGAGCUUCGCCAAGAACGACGCCUUCGUGCCCUUCUCCUCAGGCAAGCGGAUCUGCCUGGGCGAGGCACUGGCCCGCAUGGAGCUCUUCCUCUUCCUCACCACCAUCCUGCAGAGCUUCCGGCUGGAGCCGCUGGUGCCGCCGGAAAAGCUCGACACGGCGCCGCGCCUGAGCGGCUUCGCCAGCAUCCCGCCGCUCUACGAGCUCCGCAUGGGCACCGACGUCCUGCCCGUGCCGGGCUCGGUGCUGCGCGACCCCCGGCACUUCAGCCGCCCCGAGGGGUUCGAGCCUGGGCGCUUCCUGGGCGCCGCCGGGCGCUUCAAGAGGAACGAGGCCUUCGUGUGCCCUUCUCGUGGAGCAGUCGCAGACGGGGCAUCGCCGCCGGCAGCAGGCAUGGAGCUGCCCGACGCCAGCACCCUGCUGCUGCUGGCCCUGCUGCUGCUGCUGCUGGCCCUCUGGAGCAGGCGGCCGCGGGGCCGGAGGCUGCCGCCGGGGCCGCUGGCCCUGCCCCUCAUCGGCAACCUGCUGCAGCUGUGGGUCACCGACACCUGCAAGGCGUUUCGCAAGCUCAGCAAGCGCUACGGGCCCGUGUUCCUGCUCUACUUCGGCUCCGAGCCCGUCGUGGUGCUCUUCGGCUACGACGUGGUGCGGGAGGUGCUGGUGAGCCGCAGCGAGGAGUUCACGGACCGCGGCAGCUUCCCCACCGCCGCGAAGAUCAGCAAGCACCUGGGUCUCCUCAUGAGCAGCGGGGAGACGUGGCUGCGCACCCGCCGCUUCGCCCUCUCCACCCUGCGCGACUUCGGCAUGGGCCGCCGCGGCGUCGAGGAGAACGUGCAGGAGGAGACGGGGCUGCUGCUGCGGGAGCUCGCCCGGAGCGGGGGGCAGCCCCUCAACCCCAGCGUGCUGCUGAGCGCCGCCAUGGGCAACGCCAUCAGCCGCAUCCUCUUCGGCAAGCGCUUCGACUACCACGACCCGGAGUACCUGCACGUCCUCCGGCUGAUCGCGGAGAGCAACGUCCUGGAGAGCUCUGCUGCCGGGCAGCUCUACAACAUGCUGCCCGGCAUCAUGGAGCGGCUGCCCGGCCCCCACCAGACCUACUUCCGGAACGCCGCCGUGGUCCAGGACUUCCUGGCCAGGAAGAUCGGGGAGCACGAGGGCAUCUCAGACUUCGACACCCCCUGUGACUUCACGGACGCCUUCCUGCGCAAGAUCAAGCAGGAGAAGGGGAAUCCCGACACGGUCUUCACGCGGGAGAACAUGAUGGCGACGCUGUUCGACAUGUUCCUGGCCGGCACCGAGAGCACCAGCACGUCCGUGUGCUACUGCCUGGCGCUGCUGCUGGAGCACCCGGCGGUGGCAGCCCGGGUGCAGGAGGAGAUCGAGCGGGUGGUGGGGCAGGAGCGGGCGCCCACCCUGCGCGACCGGGCGGCCAUGCCCUACACCGACGCCGUCAUCCACGAGGCCCAGCGCUGCCUGGACUUGGUCCCGCUGGGCUUCAUCCGCACCGUGCGCCAGGACACGACGCUCCGCGGCUUCACCAUCCCCAAGGGCUGCACCAUCUACCCGGUGCUGAGCUCGGCGCUGCAGGACCCGCAGCAGUUCAGGAACCCCGAGGCCUUCGACCCCGGGCACUUCCUCGACGAGAACGGCGCCUUCAAGAAGAGCGACGCCUUCAUGCCCUUCUCGGCAGGGAAGCGCAUGUGCGUGGGGGAGAGCCUGGCGCGGGCGCAGCUCUUCCUCUUCCUCACCGCCAUCAUGCAGCGCUUCCGGCUGCAGCGCGCGCCCGGCGCCGGCCCCACCGACCUGCGCCCCCUCGUCAGCGGCAUCCUCAACCUGCCCCGGCCCCUGGAGCUCUGCUUCUGCCCGCGCUGAGCGGCCCCGGCCGCGCCGCCCGCCGCCACCUGAAGGGCUUCUGCCGCGUGCAUCGGUGUCUAAAGUGCUUUUGCCACAUG